CGCGUGCUAGGCAACCAGUAGGGUAAGUGGUUCAUUAAAAGUGCAAUUUUUCGAUAACAUACAUCACUUCGGAAGUUAAAUUUGUUAAAUAACGGAUUCCUUCACAAUCCAAUAAUGGCUGCAUCUGGCAUAGCUGAGCACAAUGAGGCUCGCAGGAAGGAGAGAUCCAUGCAGAGGUUAGCCUUCAAGAAACAGGCGCUUGGGAAGAGUCUACGAGACCAUUAUGGUGAUAAUGCUGACUUACUAGGUAUGGGGCCAGAUGCGGUUAGGGACACGUACGUGCAGGAAGUCCAGCAGUCCCAACGGUCCGGAUCCCCUCCGGGUCGGGCAGGCAGUAACCGACAUGACCCACAAUAUGUUGACCGAAUGCGUAGAAACCAGUUACGGCAAGACCAAAUGUGCGAAUAUUCAGCUAAGAUACCUAACAGAUAUAGUUCAAUCGACUAUGCUUCACAGUGGUGAUCAGGGGUCACAGAUAGGAGCACAAUGGCCGAUAUUCUGCAAGAAACACGAUAUUCCACCUUAUGAGACGGGACCAACGUUUACAUACUUUUUUAUAGAUGUUUAAGAGACUUUUUAAUAUUGCCAGAACUUUUUAUUCAGAUUUUUUUUAAUUUUUAACUUGAGCUUGUUUGUUUUAUUUUGCACCAAGUUAUUUUACUAUCAUGGAAAAGUAAUGGAUGCAAGUAAAGCUUUUUUUUGUUUUAUGAAUUCAACCAAUCUUGAAAUACAUAGUAUGUUGUGCCAACAGAAGACUUUAGGGGUGCAUUACUUAUUUAAAGCUGUUGCUAGGGUCUUAGGGUAUUAUUUCAUUUUAAAUGCAUAUUGUUCAUUCACUUGAAAGCAUUUUAUAUUGUUGUUUUUUUCUGUUGUUAUUCGGUUGUUAUUCAAACACACUGUGAUACAGGCCCAAAUUCUUGAACAAUCUAAGUCCCUUAUAACUGAUUCACUCUCAGCACACUGAUUUAUUUUUUGGGGGGAGGGGGAGAGGUGGGGGGGAUGUAAUGAUCUCUGAUUGAAGAGUUCUGGGACUUUUAAAGGGAAUAUGACACCUAAGCCUGUUAGGAUCAAAAUCAAGGCAUAGUUUGUGUUUUCGCUCACAUCAGUAUUAAUUUUUUUAAUUUUGCCAUUUAAUUCUUGUUUUUUAUAUAUUGAAAAAUGUAUUAUUUCCUCAUUUAUUGUACAUGUAUGUACCUGAAUAUGUGUUAUUUUUCAAGUAUCUGAAAUAUUUCUGGACAAUUUCUAAAUAUAUUAGGUUGAACAAUAUCUCAUUGAAAGUAUUUUCAAUAUUCCUUUCUGUCAAGAUCUUAAUUAUUCAGCAAUAAAAUCUAAGGUUUUGAAAAUGUCCCUCUUAAAUAAAAUUGUGUGUUAAACCUUUUGCGUAGCUGAAAAACUUUCAACUUAUAAGUUUAGCUCAAAAACUGCCAGUCAGAGUGGGUUUGCAUUUAUUUAUUUAGGAAACAAUAACUUAAACUUUGAACUACUAAAAAUAUUAUCACAAAUAAAUUAUAGCAAGAGCAUUACUUGUGGGCGUUCUUUGAAUUUUGUUCCAUUUGUUAUUGCAAAUGUGGCAAAUAUUGUUCUAACUUAAUGACCAUUCUUAAAAUCUAAUGCUAAAACAGCUGUAUAAGAUAAUUAUUUCCAUAAUUUACCAUUUGUUGAUCUUUAUUUCGUAACUUUUCUUCAUUUCGUGGGCUUGGUGUUAGACGUUGUAACUCAAUAUAAAAAUAGAUGGUGUUAAAACAGUCUUGCAUUAAUCCCACAUUUCACUCGACAUUUUGAGUGUUUUGUGCAAAACAGGCGUAACUCGAUAUAAAAAAAGAACGAGUAAGGUCAGUCUUGCACUGAAACCCUUGCAUAGUUUGCUUCCAGUCUUUCAGCGUCAUAGUUUCUUGCUCUAUUUUAUAAUAGGAAUGUAUUAUUGUAAUCAGUAUUAUAUUUAUUAUUGAUUUUGAUUGUGGUAUUUUAUGAAAUAAUUUAAAUAUUGAUCGCCUUUUUCUAUAUAUAUAUAAUAUUUUCAAUGAAGGCAACUUUCUAAUACCGGUAUUCCCGUGUGAAAUACCACAAAUUAAUCUUAAAAUAGCUUUUGGACAGAACUAUCAGAAUUUCUAUUUUUCUGUGAUUUUAACCUAUCGUAUAUGAUUGUAUUAUCAUAAUGUGAUUUGAAUCAUCAAUGGCUCUAACAAAUUACUAACCGAAGGAUUUAUUAAUGAAAUAAUUGCCAUGUAUAUUUGCUCACUUUUUUCGACCUUAUCUUAUGUAUUCAUGUUGUGGUGUGUAAUAAAUUUCUCCAAUUUGAAA